AUGGAGAGGGAGUUUUCGGUAGCUUCUUGUUACGACUUGUACGAGAACUACAAUACGCCUUAUGGUCCUCCAAUUAAUCAUUUGGAAGCAUUUGGUUUUUUGUGGAAGACGGAGGUUCCGUUCAAAAUAAAGGCUUUUGGUUGGAGACUUUUGCACAAUAGGCUUCCUUUGAAGGAUCUCUUGGUUUUUCGAGGAAUGUCUUUUCCUUUGGAAGAGUUAAAGUGUAUAUUUUGUGGUCAUGAUGAGGAAUCAAGGGAUCACUCCUUUUUUGGUUGUUUGGUGGUUGGAAAUAUUUGGAGAGAAAUUGCUUUUUGGGUGGGUAAAGGGGAUUUUUUAGAUGAAGGAUGUUUAUCAAAUUUUUUGGAUUGGCAUCAUUUCUUUGAUAGUCAAAAGGUUUCGGAUAGGAAAUUGGAUUUAGUUUGGCUAGCUUCAACUUGGUGUCUUUGGUUGGUUAGAAACGGUGUGUGUUUUCGUAAGGAGGCGUGGAGUGUGAACAACACCAUUUGGAAUAUCAAGACUUUAGUUUGGAGAUGGUCGUUUUGCGGAAAAAUUACCCAUCCCAAUUACUCCUUUUACGAGUUUUGUAAGGAUCCGGUUUAUUUUCUCUCGUAA